CGGACCCGGCUCCCCUCGCUUCAGCCGCCGGGGCGGCCAUGGGCCACUACCGCAUCCUCGUGGCCACCGGGGCCUCGCUCUUCGCCGGCUCGCACAACCGCGUGCAGCUGUGGCUGGUCGGGGCGCGCGGGGAAACGGAGCUGGAGCUGCAGCUGCGGCCGGCGCGGGGCCAGGAGGAGGAGUUUGAGCACGAAGUUCCAGAGGACUUGGGGCCGUUGCAGUUCGUGAAGUUGCGCAAACACCACUCCCUGGUGGACGACGCGUGGUUCUGCGACCGCAUCACGGUGCGGGGCCCUGGAGCCUGCGAGGAGGCCGCGUUCCCGUGCUACCGCUGGGUGCAGGGUGACGGCGUGCUGUGCCUGCCAGAGGCCACCGCCCGUCUGGCAGGAAACAAUGCAUUGGACGUGUUCCAGAGACAUCGAGAGAAGGAGCUGAAAGAAAGACAUCAGAUAUACCGCUGGGCCACCUGGAAGGAAGGGUUACCCCUGACAAUAGCUGCGGGCUGUGAGGACGAUCUACCUGCAAAUAUGAGAUUCCACGAGGAGAAGAGGCUGGACUUUGAGUGGACACUGAAGGCGGGGGCUCUGGAGAUGGUCCUCAAACGUGUUUACACCCUCCUGAGCUCCUGGACCAGUCUGGAGGAUUUUGAUCUCAUCUUCUGGGGCCAGAAGAGCCCCCUGGCUGAGAAGGUUCACCAGCGCUGGCGGGAUGAUGAGUUGUUUGGCUACCAGUUCCUCAAUGGCGCCAACCCCAUGCUGUUGAGACGCUGCACCUCUCUGCCCUCCCGGCUGGUGCUGCCCUUGGGAAUGGAGGAGCUACGGGCCCAGCUGGAGAGAGAACUCCAGAAUGGUUCUCUGUUUGAGGCUGAUUUCAUCCUCCUGGACGGAAUUCCAGCCAACGUGAUCCGAGGAGAGAAGCAGUACCUGGCUGCCCCCCUCGUCAUGCUCAAGAUGGACCCCAGUGGGAAGCUGCUACCCAUGGUCAUCCAGAUCCAGCCUCCCAGCUCCAUCUCCCCGACCCCACCACUGUUCCUGCCCUCAGAUCCUCCACUCGCCUGGCUCCUGGCAAAGACCUGGGUCCGAAAUUCAGAUUUCCAACUGCAUCAGCUCCAAUACCAUCUGCUUAACACCCAUCUGCUGGCUGAGGUCAUCGCUGUGGCCACCAUGAGGUGCCUCCCAGGGCUGCACCCUAUCUUCAAGCUCCUGAUGCCCCAUAUCCGCUACACGAUGGAAAUCAACACCCGGGCACGGACUCAGCUCAUCUCAGACGGAGGCAUAUUUGAUAAAGCAGUGAGCACCGGUGGAGGGGGCCAUGUGCACUUGCUCCGCCGGGCCCUGGCUCAGCUGACCUACCGCUCCCUCUGUCCUCUUGAUGAUCUGGCUGAUCGCCGCCUGCUGGGAACCCCGGGUGCUCUCUAUGCCUGUGAUGCUUUACGGCUCUGGGAAAUCACUGCCCGGUAUGUGGAGGGGAUCGUCCACCUCUUCUACCGCGGGGAUGACGUUGUGAAAGGGGACCCUGAGCUGCAGGCCUGGUGUCGGGAGAUCACUGAGGUGGGGCUGCGCCAGGCCCAGGAGCGAGGUUUCCCUGUCUCCUUCCAGUCCCAGAAUCAACUCUGCCAUUUCCUUACCAUGUGUGUCUUCACGUGCACUGCUCAGCAUGGGGCCAUCAACCAGGGCCAGCUGGACUGGUAUGCCUGGGUCCCUAAUGCCCCAUGCACGAUGCGGAUGCCCCCACCCACCACCAAGGAAGAUGUGACAAUGGCCACAAUGAUGGGCUCACUACCUGAUGUCCGACAAGCCUGUCUUCAAAUGGCCAUCACAUGGCAUCUGGGUCGCCGCCAGCCAGACAUGGUGCCUCUGGGGCAUCACAAAGAAAAGUAUUUCUCAGACCCCAAGGCCAAGUCUGUACUAAACCAAUUCCAAAUAGACCUGGAAAACUUGGAAAGGGAAAUUACAGCCCGCAAUGAGCAACUUGACCUGCCUUAUGAAUACCUAAAGCCCAGCCACAUAGAGAAUAGCAUCACUAUUUGAGCUCUAGGGCACCCCCCGCCAAGGGAAGACUGCAGAUCAGCUCUGGGGCUGACAAAUUCCAUCUUGAGUUUCACCAUUUCCUAAAGUCUCUGCUGUGUUGCUGUUCAGUUGCUAAGUCAUGUCUGACACUUUGCAACCCCCUGGACUAUAGCACACCAGGCUCCUCUGUCCAUUAUCUCCCAGAGUAUGCUCAAAUUCAUCCUGCUGCUGAGGUUAUUUCUUUUCCCAAUUAAACCACCUACAUCUGUAUCUUAUGAGCCCAAGGGCCUUUGUAGGCAUGCAUGCUGAGUCGCUCAGUCGUGUCCAACUCUUAUGCAACCCCAUGGACUGCAGCCCGCCCCUCUGUCCAUGGGAUUCUCCAGGCAAGAAUACUGGAGUGGGUCGCCAUUUCCUAUUCCAGGGGAUCUUCUCAAUACAGGGAUCAAACCUGUGUCUCCUGCACUGGCAGUUGGAUUCUUUACCACUGCACCACCUGGGAAGCCCCUAAGGCAAGGGUCUGAUAAUAUGUUAGGCUUUGGAGGCCACACUGACUCUCGUCACAGCUAUUCAACUCUCCUGUUGUAGCACAAAAGCAGCCACAGGCAACAUGUAAAUGAAUGUGAUUAUGUUCCAAUAAAACUUUAUUUAUGGACAGUGAAAUAUGAA